AGCACAUGUGAAAAAAAGAGACAGAGAGAGACAGUGUCGUGUCUGGGCUUAGAAACCUCCGUCCUCCGUAUUGUGCUCUUACACGUCGCUCCCACCGUCUCCACCACCAAAAGCUGCCUUGCCAUUUUCGAAUCCUCAUCUCUCUUUCCCCAACCUUUCAGUCAUGAUCGAGACAGUCGACCUCAUUCUCUGCGUGCCUCUUUGAUACCUGACUUGAGUGAGCUGUUUGUCUGCUUGGCUUAGCACGUUCUAUCUAUAGCAGAAUAAGCGCCAGUCUCUCUCGGACGGAGUAUAGUCAGCCUACUGACCGUUCGCUGCACGGGUCCUACAACUACGAGCACGGAAUUGCGUCCUGCGCCCUCGUCCUCGGCAAAGAUCGACCUCUAACCACCAUGGAGAUACCACAAGUCCACCGUCCUAUACCUCGAAGGGCAUUUGACAUUCCUUCAGCCUCGACGGACUCGUCACUGCCUCCCUCUCCAGCGAGUGAGGAUGUGAAUGGCGAACUUCCUCUCGGGUCAAAGUCUGAUUCCACACCAAGCCGGACCCGAUCGAUCCUCAACCUCACCUCGUCGACGCUGCUAGGCAUUUAUUCACCUAUAUCAGAUGGGAACAGAGAGGAGCUGUCGACACCGUGGGGCACAGGAGCCCAAACACCGAGCAAGAGACAGAGUAUCGACGACAGUCUACAUCAACAACCCGAUGUGACUUGGCAACGAGAUGGUACGGGUCCUCGUCUAAAACACAAACCAAAACGAAGAGGCGUUCCGGCCCUGGUCUUUCAGACGGCGUUGCUAUUCACUUUCGGGCUUGGUUAUGGCUCUGUCGUUACACAUCUACACAAGACGCAACGUAUCACACCGGUACCUGUACCGGACAUCGAGCAACAUUCGGUGUGGUAUCUCAUGUCAUGGGGUAUCUUUGGCAUACUGCUGGGUAACGCGUUGCCGUUGGUCGACGCAUUUUGGGAAGGCUCUACAUCUCAAGGUACAAACAAAAAGCAGGCCAUUUCGAACACAAAAUCAGCUGCUGGGGGGUCGGAUGAAACAGAUGCCUCGGACGGUGGUCUUGGUCCGAUAUGGUAUUCUGCUGUGAGAAGCAUCGGAGUCUUCGUAGGCAUUGCCUUCGCAGUGAGACGACUCCCAUGGCAAUCGACCUUGCAAGUAGCAUUGACUUUGGCUCUGGCCAACCCUGCCCUAUGGUACUUGAUCGACCGAUCAUUGCCUGGCUUUGCCUUUUCCGCGAUAGUUAGCAUUGCUGGCACUUUGAUUCUGUUGCUGGUUGAUCCAAACUUUGUCCCCGUCCCGGCGAUUCAUCAGCAGAUGGUGUCUGAACAGUUCGGCGUAUAUACUUGGUUGGCGAGCAUCUUGUUUUGUACAAGUAUCUGCUUUGGAGCGAUCGGCAGAAGGUUGCAACUGUGAAGACGGGCAGACGCCGUAGCGAGGUUGGGGUCCACUAUCCCGUACGGAUGGAUGAUCUCGAGGGGCCUAAAAGGCAGGAUUGACUCCUCGCCUCUCAGGAUUUUCUAGAUAUGCCUUGUAGAGAAUGCCUGGCCACGAGGCUGCAGGCGCUUUCUUCGGAUUGCGCACAGCCUGUUCAACAACGGCAUCUCCAAGUAUCAUCUCAAUAUCAAGUCGUGGUAACUUGGACUCGAUUCCUUCUGCAAAUGAUACGGCGUCCAACUCUUGUCGUGUUGGAGGCCGGAAAUCUAUUAGGACGCCGAGUCUGACAAGCCUCGCUAAUGGAGUGAUGCGCUCAGCUAUGCCCGGAGAGGUGUGCAGCGCUAUCGCUGUCCAGACCUCAUGGGCGUCUUGCUCGGACUCGUGAUGCUUCCGAAGGAGGUCCGCCGCGACAUCUGCACCCUCUACCUCGAAACGCUGUGGACCGUCAUGUAGACGGGAUGCACCAAAAUCGUGGCAGAUGCAUGCAACAAACAAAGACACACUGUCCGCCCACCUACUCUGCUCUUUUCCGGCCAACCAAUUGGCCAAUAGAUAGACCCUCAGGCUGUGGUGGAUGAUAGGCAACGGCAGAGCGGCCAUCAUGAGAUCGAAUGCAUCAGCACACAAUGCGGAUCCCUGGGG